AUGCAUAUGUUCUUGCCAAAUUGGGGCAACCACUAUUGCUCUCGCGACUACGGCUCCAGCACGUCUAACUCGAGCAGCUACCACUACUCCAAUACCGAUGGCUCCUCCUCCUACUACUACUACUACUACUACUACUACUACUACUACUACUACUACUACUACUACUACUACUACUACUACUACUACUACUACUCCAACUCCAAUGGAAGCACCUACUACAACAGCGGGUCGGGAAGCUCGACCUACACUGCUCCCUCUGGUGGAUCCGGAGGAUCCGGCAAGAAAUAA